AUGGCCCGGGCACGGAGACGGGGCUGGUUGGGAGAUGCCCACAGGAGCGCCUGCGUUCCGGGUUCUCUUUUCCUUCGUUCGGGGGCCCCCGGGGUUCCCUGUGCUGGCUGUCGGGUCGGCCUCGUGGCCCUUGCCUCCCGGGAGCAGCUUCGGGUUGGCUGCCAACCUCCCACCCCCGCCGCCCCCGCUGCCCGCGCCCCGGAGCGCCCGUCCCGCCCCGCGGGGGGGACUUCUCCCUUUCUGCCCUCCUGGGUGGGGCAGCCGCGCCUCCGGGACAGCCCCCGCCGCAGACCGGCCGAGACCGGGGCCACCCGAGGGCGCGCGGAGCCCGGCCAGACGCCCCGCUCCGUCGCAGGGGCAGCGGCACCUGAGACCCCAGCGACCGGCGGGGCGCGGCGCAGGAAGCGCGGGCGGAUCGCACCAGCCAGGGGGAGAGCAACCGGGACCCUCGGGGUGGGGGAGCCCGAAGUCUCAAAGAGGGGACCCCGGGCUCGCCUGGCGCCCUCGGGGAGCGAGGACCUGCGAUCGCACCCCUCCAACUGCCCGCCCGGGCUCACCCGGCCGCCGCCGCCUUUCACCCUAACUCUUCCAAACUUCUCGGAAAAGGGGAGCCCGCCGUCCGUCCGCCUGUGGGCGCACAGGAUCCGCACUUGA